ACGGAAUCGCUCUUACGCUGUAUGACUCCAGAGCGCGGAUGCUCCGUUCAGUCAGAACAACAGCUCUCUUGAGAGUCAUUUUGGAGCACAAUGUCGGGCCUGUACCACACUAUCAGUCAGAUCACCGGUGAGCUCAGCACCGAUGAAUGCAAGCGGAUCUCUUACCUGUGCGGCGCCCUGGAUCUGGACAAGUUCUCUACAGAUCCCAGAGGCAUGUUACAAUCUGUGCUGUGCCAGAUGAGGAUGGAUUACGUGUUUCUCAUGGAGCUCAUUCUGAAAAUAAAACGCUAUGAUCUGCUGAGAGAAGUGCUGAGCACCAACAAGAGCGCGGUUGAGGGGCUGCUAAAAAAUGGCCAUUCUGUAUCGGAAUACAGAGUGCUGAUGGCUGAUGUUAGUGAGGACAUGGACACCGAAAACCUGAAGUCAUUGACGUUCUUACUCCGAGGCACUUUACCAAAACACAAACUGGACAAUGUCCAGAGUUUUUUAGACGUCGUAGUGGAGUUGGAGAAACUCGACCAGCUCUCCAGUGAGAAGAUGGACUUGAUUGAACACUGCCUGAGGUCCAUCCAUAGGGCCGAUCUAGCUAAGAAGAUCAGUCACUACCAGCAGACGGUGCUAAUGACCAAACAAGGAUCUUCACCUCCAGACAGACUGAAGUUCUGCACAAUGCCACCGCCAAAUAGCUCAUUCAGUGUCUCAUCAGCUUCCUGUAAUGUCAGGCCAGUGUCCAAAUUAUGCGAUAAACCGACCACAGUGAAGAAGAAACUAC